UCUGCUACUUCCCUCUCUGUGUGUCCUGUCACAUCUCGCUUGGACCUAUGUGAAUUGGUAUCAUUCCGUCCUAGCUGUGUUGCACCUUUUUCCGAAGGUGCAGUCUACGUAAUAGAGCCCGCCAGCCCGCUGUCUGCAGUCGUGCAUGUGAACUGCACCAGACAGACGUCCGCAGCCUCAGUGUCCCGCAGUGAAAGCCAGCUCCUGAACACACCCUGCUGCAGCAGAGCACCCACACAGGCACCGACAGCACCCCCGGCUGUAGGCUACACCCCUGACCGAGCAGAUUCAAAGAGACGACUAGAGCUGCUGGAACCCAGCGGAGCAGGAUGGCUCUUAAUGACAAGGACCCGGUGGUUGCCGUGGGCACCCUCUCCCCGGGCCAGCUGCAGUCCCACCUCAAGAUGGAGCCCAAGACUCUGGGGGCCAUCCAGAUCGUCAUCGGGGCUUUGAUUCUCUGUCUGAGUGCCUCUGUGCUCCAGAUCCACGAGGUCCACUUUACGGGAGAUGUGGCCCUCUUCCUGAUCGUUGUCAUACAGGUGACCUUGUCUGGGUCAGUGUUGGUCCACAGUGGAAGGAAACCUACUCUUUUUUGGGUUAAAUGUGUCCUGGUCCUGCACCUCAUCAGUGCUGCGUUUGCCACUGCUGCCCUGGGUCUGAUGUCCAAACACCUGCCCUACCGCCAGGACUCGUACCACUGUGAACACUGCCGCAGGCUGGAGCUACAUGCCGUGCAACAUUGUUUCAGGAAAUGCACCGGGCUGAUCGAGCAAAAGUGUAAACUGUUGAUUGACGGGAUCCUAGGGACGCUGGUGAUCUUUCUGGUGCUGGAGCUGUUGAUCUGCAUCACCGCCAUGCUGUUUGGACUCAGUGUCCUAGCUGCAGGUGGAACCCAGGCUCCCAGCCAGAGACCUGUCUAUCCACAAACGCGCCCCCCGCCUGUUCCAGCCGUGCAGCAGGCAGCUCCAGCUGAAGCUGAGCCGUCUCAGGUGGCUGUAGUUGUGACUGAACCAGAUUCAGAGCAGGCGGAGGACCUCUCCACCCCGCCUACAGAACCCCAGGUGGAGCCGAUAGAAGAUGUGACCACAGAGCCAUGAACUCAACACACACACACACACACACACACACUGCUUCCCGUAGUGUAAUGUCAUGUCAGUCAGAGUGUUAAAACUAUUCCGCCAACAAGUUAUCAAAGGUAGUCAUCCUGUCCUUUCACUUCUGGCACGACAUGAACACAGGGUCAGGAUUGGGGUUAUGAUAUGGAUUAAUGUUACAAGCCAUGUUGAUGUAUUCUUCAAAUACUAAGAUAACUAAAAUAAGUAUAGAAGUAGAGAGAAUAAGUAUAGCGUAUUAAAAAUAACUCCCAGUUAUACUAGUACUAGUUAUACUAGGUACUCAGUUUGGACAUUGUGGGGAAAGCACCGAUCUUGUUCACCUUCAAGAGUAUAUAAAUAUUCACUUCACUAAAAGUCUGUGCACAUGUGUUGAUUUGAGUGAAGACUGAAUCAAUAUGUAACCUUGUACUAUUAAACCUUUCUUGCACAAAACAUA